UUGAAAUAAAACAACUUCAGGGAAUCGCUGCAGUUACAGGCCGUAACACGGGCUUAUUAACGCCUAUUAACACCUAUUAACACCUAUUCUACAUGGCAUAGAUGAUCUAUAACGCCGUCAGAGCCGGGAAACCACAACACUGCGCUUAUUUCACACGGCCAGCCGGAACCGGAAGCUAGCGAGGGCACGCGGCUUCAUUCAUUCACGCGGAGGAGCAGAGAGACGCACGAGAGCAGACAGACAGACAGACAGACGCAGCAUUACACACAGGUGAACACGGCCCGGCGCGCGCUGCUGCAGCAUGCUGACGGAGAGCCGCUGGUGUCCCGCGAGCGCGCCCGCGUGCAUGGAGAGACACCUGGAGACCCUGCAGUACAGACCAGAUGGCUGUCUGCUGUUGGGAGCGUCCGGUCUUACGGGUCGGUGCUGGCUCGGUUCUCUCUGGGUGUUCAGUGAUGCUAAGCUGGCUCCUAAUGAGAGUUACUGUAAGGCAGGAGUUCAGACUGAGGCUGGAGUCACUCACGCUGAGUGGCUGACCAACAGGGCCGUCGUCCUCGCAUCAGACUCAGGUGCUGUUGAAUUGUGGGAGUUGGCAGAGGACGAGCGCUUGCUGGUGAACAGGUUCACUCGACACGAGCACGAUCACGUGGUGACGGCGAUCAGCCCUACGGCCGGCGCCUGCCAUGCGGUCAGCAGCAGUAUGGACUGCAGGAUUAAAGUGUGGGAUCUGAGUCAGGAGGCGGUGAUCAGCAGCUAUAACGCUCACUCCAUGCCGGUGAACAGUGUUUGCUGCAGCCCGUCAGAUGACUCACUCUUCCUCUCCUGCGCUCAGGACGGGCGUUUGUUGCUGUGGGAUCGCCGGAAACCCAAACCUGCGUCUCGAUUAGACGUGGCCUCUCCCAGCUGCUGUCCCACUGCUGUUGCGUGGGACCCUCAUAAGACCACCACAAUCGCAUAUGGUGAUGAGCUGGGCAGGGUGACUGUGACGGAUUUCCAGGCUGCAGGGAGCGUCCAGACGAUGACCACACACAGACGCAGAGUGACCGGCCUUGCCUUCUCUUCACACAGUUCUCCUCUGCUGGCCUCGGUGAGUGACGACUGCUCCGUUGCCGUGGUGAAUGCACAGCUCAGAGAAAUUUACCGGGACGUUCGGCACCAGGACUUCGUGCGAGGGGUGUGCUGGGUUCCCGGAGGCUCAGAUGUUCUGACCACUGCUGGGUGGGACCACCAGGUUCUGCAGCACAGCACGGGCCAGAAAACUACUGCAUAAAUGAGCACUCUGCAUACAUACGUCCACCCAGAGUCCACUGUGUUACGCUGUGUUUACAUGUUGGCAGUAGGUGCAUGACGCAGCGCGGCGGUGAUCGGAAUGUUCGGCCACUCCUUCAGUUUCCCAACUUUUGCUGUCGACUGUGGCAGAGAAAUAAACUGGAUGUUGAAAUUUUCUGAA